AUGGACAGAAGCAGUUCCAGACGCAGAGGCCGUUCCCCUUACCGUGGCGGCAAUGCUGGCCGUAAUAGUCCCGGUGGCCGAGGCGGCAAUGCUGGCCGUAACAGUUCCGGUGGCCGAGGCGGCAAUGCUGGUCGUAGCAUUUACCGCGGCCGUGACAGUUACGUUGGCCGUACAGGAAGGCCUUAUCAACAUCACCAGUUCAGUAGUGGCAAUGAACAAGGGUCUCCUUCCGAACAACAACCACUACAGAGGUUAAACCCUUCUUCUCCUGGUGCAUCUUCAGAAUCUCACAAUUCUCACCCUCAAACUGAGACUGAAACUGGAAAUCAAAGACAAACUACUCAUAAUCCAGACGCAGGUUCUUUGAAGAUAUCAAAGGAGAAUAUCAGACCUAUGCAUAGGCCUGACAAAGGGGGAAGGGAUAAAGUUGAAAUAAGGAAUCUCGAGGUGAACCAUUUCCUUGUUGAGUUUGACGAAGGCAGAGUAAUCUUCCACUACGAUGUCGACGUGAAGGCCAGGGGUACCCCCAGUUGGCCUCAGAAAAUUUCAAAGUUAUAUCUGUCGUUGAUUCGGAAGAAGCUAUUUUCCGAUCACAGGCUACCGAGUUCGGCGUACGACGGCGAAAGGAACAUCUUCAGCUCGGAGCCGUUGCCGGAAGAAACCUAUGAUGUGGACGUGUUCAUUGAUGGAGACGAAAGGCUCGUUGGCUACUCGGUCACUUUCAGACUCGUGAAGGUGCUUGAACUCCGCAAAUUGAGAGAUUACUUGAGUGGAAAUGUUCUUUCGACUCCGAGAGAUGUUUUACAGGGCUUGGAUUUGGUAGUGAAAGAGAAUCCCGCGCAGCGGUGUGAUUCGUUUGGGCGCUGCUUCUUCCCCAUGCAUAAUCCUAGAACUCCGAGAGACGUGAUAAUUCCAACUGAAGGGUUUCAGCAGAGUCUUAAGCCCACUUCUCAGGGCUUGUCCUUGUGCCUGGACUAUUCCGUUUCGUCGUAUGUUGGGAAGGAUAAACCGGUGUUGGAGUUUCUGCUCGAACAAAUUCCGAACUUAAAUUUGAAUCAGACCUCGACGUUCAAGAGCAAAGUUGAGACUCUACUUGUGGGGUUGAAAGUUAAUGUGACCCACCGGAGGACGAAGCAAAAAUACACUAUUACCAGGUUGACACGCAGGGCUACGAAGGAUAUCUCAUUCCCUGCUUUGGACUCUGAGGGACGGUAUACUGGAUGGACACCUUCUCUGGAUGGCUUCUUUUUACAGAGGUACGGCAAGAAGAUUCAACACGUAGACCUUCCUGCCUUGGAUUUUGGAGGCAACAAGAUGAAUUAUGUGCCUAUGGAGUUGUGUGUCUUGGUUAAGGAUCAAAGAUGCCCCAGAAAGAAUUUAUCGGACACAAAUGCUGCCACAGAGUUGACACGUAAGGCAGUGAUUCCUCCACCAAUGAGGCGAGACAAAAUAAGAGCUUUAGUAAAAUCAAAUGAAGGACCGUGUGGAGGUGGUGUUAUUGAAAGUUUUGGAAUGCGUGUGCACACUUCCCUGACAAAUGUGAGCGGACGUAUAAUUCAUCCCCCAGAAUUGAAGAUAGGUGAUAGACGUGGUCACAUUAUUAGUCUGCCACUGAGUCCAGCGAAAACUUGGUGGAAUCUAAAUGAUAGAUCAAUGGUGGAAGGCAAGCCACUUAAGUGUUGGGGCAUUCUUUUCUUUUAUAAGCAUGGUAAACAAAAAUUUAAAAGCGAACAGUUCAUUGAAAAUCUUACUAAAAGGUAUACAGCUUUGGGCAUUGGCAUGGAGAAGCCCGCUUCGUAUGAAGAAUCUUGUAUUUCGACACUUAGCAAUUACGCUUCGCUGUUUGAAUUACUUAAAAGAAUUAAUGAUCAGGUUCGAGAGAAAUGUGGACAACGGCUGCAGUUCCUUCUUUGUGUGAUGGGCGAAAAACAUUCAGGUUACAAGUGCCUCAAAUGGAUUGCUGAGACCAAAGUUGGGAUACUGACACAAUGCUGCUUGUUUUCUCAUGCUAAUAAAGGGGUUGAGAAUUUUCUUUCAAAUCUUGUCCUCAAGAUAAAUGCCAAAAUUGGAGGAAGUAAUGUAGAGCUCAUGAAUAGGCUCCCAAACUUUGACGGUGAAGGUCAUGUUAUGUUCAUAGGGGCUGAUGUUAAUCAUCCAGCUUCCCGGGACAUCAACAGUCCAUCAAUUGCUGCUGUAGUUGCCACUGUUAAUUGGCCUGCUGCAAAUAGCUAUGCCACACGUGUUUGUGCUCAAGGUAAUCGGGUUGAGAAAAUUUUGAAUUUUGGGAGAAUUUGCCAUGACCUAGUUUCAUAUUACAAUAGGGUGAACAAAGUCUGGCCAGAAAAAAUUGUUAUCUUUCGUGAUGGCGUGAGCGAAAGUCAAUUUCAUAUGGUUCUCACGGAGGAGUUGCAAGAUUUGAAAUCAGUGUUUCGUGAUUCAAAUUACUUCCCAACCAUCACUCUUAUUGUUGCACAAAAGAGACAUCAAACUCGAUUUUUUGACAAGAAGCGAUUAUCAAAUUUGAAUCCUGGAACAGUUGUUGACACAGAAGUAGUACAUCCUUUUGAAUUUGACUUUUACCUCUGUAGUCACCAUGGGACGUCGGGUACAUGCAAGCCCACUCACUAUCAUGUGUUAUGGGAUGAGCACAAGUUUACAUCUGAUGAUUUGCAAAAACUGAUAUACCAUAUGUGCUUUACCUUUGCAAGGUGCACUGGACCUGUAUCUUUAGUCCCUCCAGUGUACUAUGCUGAUCUUGCUGCAUAUAGAGGCCGGUUAUACUAUGAAGCAAUGUAUGAAAUCCAACCUCCUGCCUCUUCCGCUACUGCAUCUUCUUCCUCAGUUUCUACCCAAGGCUCAAGUAUAACUCUGCUCCCUUUGCAUUGGGACAAGCCGCUUCAAGUAGGUAGUAGUUUGCGCCUUAAUCUUCAAACUGUCUUGUCCUUUGUUAUAGUUGUAAUUGAGUCGGACAUUGUUGAUGUUAUUUUAGUCUGUUUUGGGUUAAAUAACGGUGGAGAUGGGGAGAGCUUGUCUACUGGUGUCUUUGACGCAAAUGAAUGGAAUCUUUCUAGAGAUGAUCAGAGCCUUUAG